AACACUCUCUCUCCCAAAUUAUUGCCAUUCUAACACACUAUUCUCUCUCUCUUUUUUCUUCGAUCUUUCUCGAAACCAUGAACAUAAAAAAUAACUAUUGUGCCGGCGUCGCCACCACCUUCAAAGUGACCCACCGGCUGCUCCGCCACUCCAUCCUCCCUCACCUACGGAUUAAAUUCACCUUCUCCUUCAAAAUUGAACACUUUUAUAUUCUAGACACAGAAUAUUCCCCAACUCCAUUGUUUAUUGAAUGUUGCCCUUCCGACGACAGCAGCUCCGCCACCGUGCACGUCGGAGCAAUCUUGUCAUUCAAGGAUGUGGCGGAGGCUGUCGUUCGUGGCGUCGGGAACCGCCUCACCGAUGACAAAAGCAGGGAGUUGAUCGUGCGCGCGUGGGAGGAAAUUCGCGAGGAGUUUCCGCCGGAAACCCGACUACCUAGGCUCAAGACUCUUGAUCUUGGCUUCGACGUGAAGAUCAAACACCAUCAUCUCUUUGUCAAGAGAUAUCGGCCGCGGUCAUUGGAGAAGCACCGUGGCGGCGGUGGGGAUGAUGAGGAGAGGUGUUGCUGCAUCUGCUUGCAGGAGCUCGGCGGCGGCGGCGGAGGAGGAGAGUUUUGGAUGCCGUGUUCGCAUGUGUUUCACGACGGCUGCGUUAAGGAAUGGCUGAGGAGAAGCCGUACAUGCCCGCUUUGCCGCUACGAGACGAGAUGCCCCAAAUAGAGAAAAAGUGAGAGAGAAAGAGGGAGAUUUUUUUUUUUUUUUUUUUUUUUUUUUUUUUUUUUUAAUGUCAAGAAUUUUAUCAAAAUAGUUAUCUUCGUAUGUAAAAUUAAAAAAUACAAAGGAUAAAUAAGUAGCGAUUUUGGCUUAAA